AUGGCUGGCAAGAAGAUUGCUGUUCUGGAUGAUUACCAGCAACUGUCAAAACCCCACUUCGACCGGCUGCGUGACGCUGGUUAUCAGGUGACAGUGUAUACAGACACGCUUCUGCCCUACAAUCACCCGGAUACGCCGCAAGACGCUAAAGACGCGCUCAUCAAGCGGUUGGAGCCUUAUGAUAUUAUAAGCACCAUGCGGGAACGCACACCUAUUCCUGGUGAUCUUGUAUCCAGGCUCCCUAAUUUGAAACUUCUCCUCACUACUGGAGCCCGUAAUGCGUCCAUUGAUGUCAAGUCCCUCCUGGGCCGUGGUAUUCCUGUCGCGGGGACGGUGGCAGAGAAGAACAGUCCAGACAGCACGACACAGCACUGCGUUGCUCUGAUCUUGGGCCUGGCACGCAAUUUAGCCCAGGACGACAAAGCCAUGAAGGCCGGUGAAUGGCAGAGCCAGGUUAACACUGGGCUGAGCGGUAAAUUAUUCGGCACCUUGGGGCUCGGUCGCCUGGGCGCGGCGGUCUCGAGGAUUAUGCAUCUUGCGUUCGGCAUGCGCAUCAUCGCCUGGAGCUCCAACUUGACACAAGAGGCUGCCGACGAAAAGGCCAAGGCUGCAGGCCUGCCUGUCGAGGAUGGGAACGGGGAGAAGACGUUUAAGGUCGUCAGCCGUGACGAGUUAUUCAGCCAGGCUGAUGUAGUCAGCGUGCAACUAGUGCUGUCAGAGCGAUCCAGGGGUCUGAUCAACAAGGCAGAUCUGGACAAGAUGAAGAAGAGCGCUCUGUUUGUCAACACCUCGAGGGGCCCCAUUGUGAACGAGAAGGAUCUGUUCGAGACCGCAAGGGCGGGCAAGAUCAGGGGGGUUGCGCUCGAUGUCUACAGCAUUGAGCCUCUCCCCCAGGACAGCGAAUGGAGAACGACUAAAUGGGGCGAGGGAGGAAGCUCAAACGUGCUGCUCACCCCGCAUAUGGGCUACGUGGAAAAUGAGCCCUUAUCGGCCUGGUACGAACAGCAGGUGGACAACAUCUUGAGAUGGGAGAAGGGUGAGCAGCUGGCCACGGUGUACAAGGACUCGGGAUAUUGA